CCCGGGUGAUUAUUACUCAUGGAAAACAACGGAUCCCCCUUUGAAGUUUCAACCUUCAACCUUCAAAACCUACGCAGGCGUUUGUCAGUCUUUCGACCUAAAAGAAAUCAGGCUAAAAAUUCCGUAGAAGCUUAUAUUUGAUUCUUCAGUUCUCUUCCGUCAACGGCGUUACUCAAAACCCUAAUUCGAUCAAAAGUUUUCCUCUAAGCCACUAGCAAAGCUUCUUCGUGUACCAGUCUAUUAUCGACCGGAUUUUUACUAUGUCUUCAAUUCUUUUGCUUUUGCUUCUACUUUAUUUCAGCUUCGGAGUAUCAUCUAUUUCUAUCGGAUCUCGGUCGAUUCUUCGCUCUCUUGGUGAUCCUGAUCCUCCCGAUGCCGCAGUAGAUUUGAAUAUCACUAAUUUCGAUAAAGUUCUCAGGGACUCUCCGGCUUCGUUCGCCGUCGUUGAAUUCUUCGCUCAUUGGUGUCCUGCUUGUAGAAAUUACAAGCCUCAUUAUGAAAGGGUUGCGAGGGUUUUUAAUGGACCUGAUGCUGCACAUCCGGGUAUUGUACUCAUGGCAAGGGUAGAUUGUGCAUUGAAGAUAAAUACAAAGCUCUGCGACAGGUUUUCAGUUGGUCAUUAUCCUAUGCUACUUUGGGGGGCCCCUUCUAAAUUUUCUUCUGGUGGUUGGGAACCCAACAAGGAAAAAAGUGAAAUACAUGCCAUAGAUGAUGGACGCACUUCUGAGCGCUUGCUUUCUUGGAUUAAUAAGAAAAUUGGAAGUUCAUAUGGUUUGGAUGAUGAGAAAUAUGAAAAUGAGCAUCUUCCACUAAAUGCAUCAGACCCUGGACAGAUUUUACGAGCUUUGUAUGAUGUUGAGGAGGCAACUUGGAGUUCCUUUGAUAUCAUCUUUGAACACAAGAUGAUUAAGUCGGAGACUCGGGCCCCACUUAUAAGGUUCCUUCAACUCUUGGCGGCUCAUCAUCCUUCUAGGAGGUGCCGAAAGGGAAGUGCAGAAAUUCUUAUGAAUUUUGAUGACUUAUGGCCUUCGGAUCUGUGGUCUCCCUAUUCAGAAAAUAGUGCCAUUUCUCAUGAAAAUAAUUCACUUAAGAGUUUCCAUAUUUGUGGAAAAGAAGUUCCUCGUGGAUAUUGGAUCUUUUGUCGUGGCAGCAAGAAUGACACAAGGGGCUUUAGCUGUGGGUUAUGGAUUCUAUUACAUUCGCUCUCUGUAAGGCUGGAAGAUGGAGAAAGCCACUUGGCAUUUACAGCAAUAUGUGAUUUCAUUCACAACUUUUUCAUUUGCGAGGAGUGCCGCAAGCAUUUCUACGACAUGUGUUCAACUGUUUCUCGUCCCUUCAAUAAGACAAGUGAUUUUGUCCUGUGGUUAUGGGAGGCACACAACAAAGUAAACAAGAGGCUAAAAAAGGAAGAGGCAUCUAUGGGAACAGGUGACCCAAAAUUCCCAAAGAUGAUUUGGCCACCAAAGCAGCUCUGCCCAUCUUGCUAUCACCCCAUAAGAAAGAAAGAUGAUGGCACCAGUCAGACUGAAUGGAACUUAGAUGAGGUGUCCAAGUUCUUGGUUGGCUAUUAUGGAAAUAUGCUUGUAUCUUCGUACAAAGACAAGGUUCUCCUUGGGCUUAACGGGAGCAAGAAUUCUUUAGUUGAUGAUAUGGUGGCCUCGACGAAUGCAGUUGCCGUGCCUGUUGGAGCUGCUUUGGCAAUUGCUGUUGCCAGUUGUGCAUUUGGAGCGCUUGCUUGGUUCUGGCGUUCCCACCAGAAGAACCGGAAGCCAAGGAGGAAGUGAAGUUGGGAUUAUUCCGGAUCAAUCCAGGCAUUGCCAUUAAGGUGCAUAGCGUGGUUCCUCUGGGCUCUUAUCUUAAUACACAUAAGGUUUAACUGAAGCCACAUACUGCCUGCUCGAGCUCCACCUACAGACUUAUUAUUCCUUUUUCUUUUACUAGUUAAUGGCAUGUACAUAUGCACUUCGUAACCAUGAUUUUUCUCGUUAGCAUUUCAUAAUCAUAAUUCCAAAAUUGCCAGUCAACUAAGAUUGUGGUAACUUUCUCUUUCAUUUAGUUAUCUUUUAUACAUUGCUUGCCUUCAUUUAACUUUGCAAACCUUGUAACUUGUAAGAGAGAUUGCUACUGUUAGCCAUUAGACCUCACACAGUGAAUUUUUGCUUCUUGUUACAUUAACAUGGGAAUUAAAGUUUAUGAUCAAGGUUCAAAUUAUUGAUA